AUGUCACCACAAGACAUCCCAUCCUGCACAAAGAAAUCGUCAGGGUGUCACCUUAACCUCCAUUGUACCACUCAGGAAGGUUACAUUCUUGUGCUCUACAGAGCAUUCCAAGAGAAGCAAACUUACAUUUUACAUUGCAAGAUCCAAAAGCAGCCUGCCCAAGGUUUCAAUUUGCAAGAAAUAUACAAGGAUCCUUUCUGCACUGACAUUCUGAUCCACAGUCACAGCAUACUUUUUCAACUUCCACUUUCUUGUUAUGACAUUAUUCUGAUGGGUGAUGUUUUGAGAAGCUGGUGUAUUCAUCACACAGAGUACCUUGUAAUUAAUGAGGUUAAAGUAACUUCCAUAGCAGCAGUUGCCAGAAGCACUGAUACUUGUAUUAUAGGCAUUCAUGAUGCAAUGUUUUUUCUCACAUAA